GUGCGGCAACAUCACACUGUUGAUGAUUGUUGGAUGGUCAUUCAUGGCAAAGUCUACGAUAUCACAUCAUUUCUCCCUAGCCACCCUGGCGGCAAAGCCAUUCUCCUAAGGAAUGCCGGCAAAGAUGCUACUGCAGUGUUUGAUGCCGUUCAUCCCGUUGAGCUCGUCGAAGAGUAUCUCCGCCCUGACCAGUUGAUGGGC